ACCGUCGGCAGGCAGAGCAGGGGGGCAUGGCUGGGACCACGCCGGAGCUCCUCCGUCCUGACGGCCUCACUGUCACCAUCAGCCAGGUUCCUGGAGUAAGACCCACCCGGCAGACAGGGUGGGGUGGCAAGGAGGUGGAGGCCCAGCCCGUGCCAGGGGAGCACAGCUGCCCCCGCUCCUCUGCUUCUCCCGCUUACAUUCUGGGGCAUACCUACCAGCUCCCAACCUCAUGCAGCCCAGGCCACUGCUGGCCCUCAUCCCCAAAGAGCCACAGCUGAAAGGUGACCAGAUAGAAGCCUCUUCGUGCCCUUUUCCAGCCCCAGAGCUCUGCACCCGUACCCCCAAGCACAGGCCGCUCGUAAACCCCAAACCCCAGGGGCACAGAGACGUUGGGGCUGAAUGCCAGGAACAGCGUCUGAGGGACAGAGCCUCAUUGUCUGAGCGCUUUGGAUUUCCCAGCUCAGAGAUGAUGGGCCACUGUGCAGUCUUGGGCCCCUGGGUGGCCCCAGGCCCGGAUAACCUAAUGCCACUGGGGAAGCGGGUGGUCAGCCGGAACUGGGCAAGGAGCGCCCUUGGACCUGGAGCAGCCAAUGAGAUGCUUGAGGAUGAGGAGGCAGAGGCCCACACUGGUGCCUUCUGCUUGGGGGAGUGGGUGGAGCUGGCUGUGACCAUGGAAAACAAAGCCGAGGCCAAGCGGAUCGUAAGUGAGAAGCCCGCCAGAGCAAGGAGCCAGGGGGCAGAAGGGUCACCUGGAGGGGGCUUGGGCCGGAGCCCCUCCAUGCAGAUGGCCAUCAGCUCAGAUUCUGCCCAGAAGGGUGUCCGGGAGCCCCAGAGUCCAGGCCUGGUCCCAGGCCCAGCUCCCCGCCGGCCAGUGGGGGGCCCCCCGGAGGUGGGCUGGGACUACGCCCAGUGGAAGCAGGAGCGAGAGCAGAUCGACCUGGCCCGCCUGGCGCGGCACAGAGACGCACAGGGUGACUGGCGCCGCCCGUGGGACCUGGACAAGGCCAAGCCCACGCCACAGGACUCCAGCAAGCCUCGGGAAGAGGGCCCGGCCAGGGUGGGCAGCACGAGGGGUCCCAGGAGCCACCGAAAGCUACAGCCCCCACCGUUGUCCCCUGAUGGCAAAGGCGGUACUACUUGGGGUGGACAACCCAGCAGACCUUUGGUGGCGCUGGCCACACGCAGCAAAGCUCGGGGGACAGAGAGGCUGACUGGCAGGGCCCGCAGGUGGGAAAUGAAGGGAGGCAAGGAGGAGCUGGAGAGCCAGGAGGGAAGCUCAAGCACCAGAAGGACUCCAAAUGAGAAGGGACAUGCGCAGACUUCGAGCAGGAUGGAGCCGGGCGGACCCAUGAGUGUCCCAGCAACCAGCCCAGCUCCAGCAUCAGCAUCGCCAGAGGAGCCAAAAGAGGAGUCAGGAGCUUCGACAGCCAGUCCUGAGCCUGGCUCUCCACAAAACACGGACUUGCUUCCCCUCGACCUCUCUCUAGGAUGUGCCAGUAGCCCUGGGCCCGGGGACCCAGUCCAAGGCCUCAGUCCAAGGCCUGGGACCCAGGAGAGCCCUGUGUCCUGGCUGGAGGGUCACGAGCAGCCCCUGGGGUGGACCGAGCCCCAGGCUGAGCCAGAAGCCCAGACUUGUUCUGGGCCCCCAAAAGAGGCAGAGCCCCUGGAACCCAGAGAAGACAGGCCUGGCAAGGCUGGGGCCCAGCAGGUCCUGGCACCUCGAAGCAGACCCCCCAGAGGAGGCAGCCAAAGAGCGAGGGGCACAGGAGGUAUGAGGAGCAGGACAGGGGGUCCUGCCCCUGCAAGAAGAUGCUGAGCAAAGCUCUCGGGAGCA